AUACCGCAAAUUCAACUCAUCGAGCUAUACUUUGCCUUUUCAUUUUCAAUCCAAUCAUCCCAUCAAUCAUCAUGUAAUUCCUCAGCAUCAUAACUAUUCUCUCCUUCACCACAGGAAUCUAUGCUGGCUGCUACACCAGUGGCAUCUCCGGUAGCGCAGUCAAUAUAAAUUCUUAUCUAGGAACCAUCUGUAACGGACUCUCUGGAAAAUAUGUCAAGAAUGAGCAGCGACACCAAUGCGUCAUGGAUAGCGCUAGUGUCCAAUGGGACUUUACCCUCAAGUAUAUUGGAUCCGAUUCUUCCAGGAACAUCGGUUCAAGUGAGUGCAUCAGUGGCAUGCAGAAAGAAACCGCAUGCGGCAAGGGUGGAUCUUCUUCUUAUUCGAACUGGGCAUAUACCGCCGAUCCAAAUGCCGGUUCUUGCUAUUCGAUCUCAAAAUAAUUGGGUCUGGAUCUCGAACGUGUCAUCAAUUGCUAAAGAUAGCUUCCACACUUGUGUUGAUGGUAGCUAAGUAUGAACGGUCCAAGAUGUUGGUACGUGGUGGUUGGCGUCAGAUAUUGUGAAGUCUUUACUUGUCUUGCGAUGUUAUUGUUUUCAUUGGAUUGCUUUAAGUCACACAAUCGUUUAGUCCAUCUUUGUAUUCUUGGUUUCUGUUUUGAUGCUUGUAUAUCGUAGGUUCGCUGGAAUCAAAUGGUUUUUUAUCUUAACAUACC